CCAUGGCUGAAUUUGAUAGAAUGACUGAAUUUAGGCUAUAAUUUUAGGUAAUAUACAUUAACAAUCUUUGCCCAAUUCGAAUAUAUUUGUGUGAUAUUAGGAAUAGUUGUGGUUAUAUGUAGAAACAGCUACACACACUUGCAAUAAAGAGAUUGAAAGAAUAGGAUUAACACUUUCAGUUGAUAUUUUAUUUGGGUGUUUUUAUUUUCAUGUAGCUUCUAACAAAAUUGAGAAUUGAAUCAACUUUAAUUACUAUAUUAUUAGUUCUGUUUCAGCUAUGUAGAGAUUCAUAUCAUUCAGAUUUUGAAUAUUAUAUAUGAAUUUAAGGUGAUAUUAAAUAUUUUUAGGCUUCAAAUUAGAUUAAAAAAAUUAUGAAAUUUGUGGCUUUUCUCUUGGUACACUAUGUUUGAUUUUAAAAGCUCUGACCAUCUAACUCUUAAAAUAGCAAGUCAAGUUUAAAUUUGUGCAAUAAAGUCUUCAUAGAUUCUUAAGUAGCUUUGCUUGUUUGAAUUUCAUUGUACCCUUUUGUUUGGGAAUAAUAAGACAUAAAGUUAUAAUAAAUUAUAUUAUGGGGUUAAAGUAGUCAGAGAUUUUAAUAAUAAUUUUCUUGUUGAGAGUGUACUUGUUAAAUGACACAUAAUUUAACUAGAUUAAGGCUCAAUCAGCAAUGAGCCUUUCUCACCAUGCAGAGUACAGCACAUUUAUAGCGAAUGAGCACCAGAAAGAAAGAAUAUAUGGUUAUGAAAUUACCAAAAUACCCUUGUUCACUUCUUUAAACCAAAGUCUAAAAGCGCCACUUUUUCACACUACACAGUACACACACAACCAUUUUUGUUGAUUCUUCUUCUUCUUUCUAUCUCUGAUUAAUGAGUGAGUAAAGCUUUAGAGAGAGAGAGAGAGAGAGAGAAAGAGAAGAAUGGAGAAGGCUCUGACAAAAGUGGGUAGCUUAAAAGUUGGAAGCUUAUGGAUUUCAAAGAAAGCAAAGGAAGAACUCUCUAAUAUCUCUGAGGAAAUCACUACUUUGUCAAGUACAGUUGAGGAGAAAGCAAAGUGGAUUUUCAACAAACUCAAAGGGUCACCACCAAAAACCUUGCCAGAUCUCCUCCGAGAGUACAACUUACCCCCAGGACUCUUUCCUCAGAACAUAACCUGUUACGAAUUUGAUGAAACAAAGGCAAGGCUGAUCGUGUAUUUGCCAUCACCGUGCGAAGUUAGCUUCAAGGAUUCAUCUGUAAUAAGGUAUGCAAACCGAGUGAAAGCGAUACUGCUAAGGGGAAAGCUAACAGGAAUUGAGGGAAUGAAAACAAAGGUGCUAGUUUGGGUUAAGGUCACUUGUGUGGCAGUUGAAAGUUCCAAAUCCGAUAAGGUAUGGUUCACUGCUGGAGUCAAGAAAUAUAGGUCCAAGGAUGCUUAUCUAGUUGCCAGUAAUGGUGUUAGGAUAGAAGAUUUCUGACUCUUAAGAAAGAUAAAAGAUAGUAGUUUUUGUUUUAGGUGCUAACUAUUUGUUGGUGUCAUCAACUUGGCUACAUAUAAUACCAAAAUUAUCAAAUUUGUUUUGGUGUUUGUUUUUUUUUACUUUUGUUUAGCAAUUAAUGUCAAAAGCUUCUUGUUAUGGGAUUUAGUCAUUAUCAUUGGCUAAUUAAGGUUAGCUUUGAUACUUU